AUGUGCUCGCUGCCUGUGCCCUGGGAGCCCCUGCACCGCAUGGCCGUGACCGGGGGCACCCAUGGCAAUGAGAUGUCUGGCAUCUACCUGGCCCAUCACUGGCUGCGGGCCCCAGGAGAGCUGCAGAGACCCAGCUUCUCUGCCAUGCCUGUGCUGGCCAACCCGGUGGCCACAGCCACCUGCCAGUGCUACAUAGUCCGCGACCUCAACCGCGUUUCACCAGGCCCUUCCUCACGGGGCUACGCAAAGCAUCUAAUACAGCCAAGAGCAACCAGAGAAGGCUUCCUGGAGGAGAUGGUGCCUCAGCUAAGCCGCAAAAGAACUAGGCCCACCCCCGAUGACCCAUACGAGGUGACAACAGCCUGAGAGCUGAAUCAGCUGCUGGGGCCCAAAGCCUCGCGCUGGGCCUUUGACCUGCACACCACCACAGCCAACACGGGCACCUGUCUCAUCACAGAAGCCAUCCACAGCGUCUUUGCCAUGCACCUGUGCCACCACCUACAGGGGGCCCAACUGCAGAGCCCCGAGCUGCCCUGCUGGGUCUUCUUGCAGCAGCAGUCCGGGAAAGAGAGCUACAUGGUGGCCUCGGGGGCCAAGAACGGCGCGGCCCUGGAGCUGGGCGCUCAGCCUCAGGGCGUGCUGCGAGCCGACCUUUCCUCCCGGAUGAGGGCCCUGGUGGCCGCAGCUCUGGACUUCAUCGAGCUCUUCAUCCAGGGCACGGCCUUUCCUUCCUUUGAGGUGGAAGCCCACAGAAACAUUCGUGUCGUGGACUUCCCACGGCCUGAGGACGGGGACCUGCCAGGCACCGUGCAUCCUCAGCUGCAGUUGUGUGAGCGAGACUUCGAGCCGCUGCAGCCUGAGGCUCCCAUCUUCCAGAUGUUCAGCGGGGAAGACGUGCUCUACAAGAGGGAGUCCAUCAUGUACCCUGUGUUCAUUAACGAGGCUGCCUAUUACGAGAAGGGCAUUGCCUUUCUCCAGACAGAGAAGCUCACAUUCUUUGUGCCUGCCCUGCCCACGCUGCCCCCUGCCCUCACCGCAGUUCCCUAACCCAGGCCACUCUUGCCCGGCCCCAGUCUUCCCAUCUGAACAAUGGGUCCUGAGGUGCAGUUCCGAGCCGAGGGGCCCCCUUGCCACCUGCUCUGUGCCAUGUUCCUUGCCAGGCCCCCAAACCC